CUUUGUUUUGGCAGGAUAAUCCUUCAAAAACAGCUUCAACUCUACGAGGCAAUUUCUACAUCACUGGGGACAGAGGGUAUAUGGAUGAAGAUGGGUAUUUCUGGUUUGUUGCAAGAUCCGACGAUGUCAUAUUAUCCUCUGGUUACCGAAUUGGACCUUUUGAGGUAGAAAGUGCCCUGAUGGAGCACCCUUCAGUUGCAGAGUCUGCUGUUGUCAGUAGCCCAGACCCCAUUAGAGGAGAGGUAGUAAAGGCUUUUAUUGUUGUGAACCCUGAUUACAAGUCACAUGAUCAAGAACAACUGAAAAAGGAGAUUCAGGAGCAUGUAAAAAAAACUACGGCACCUUACAAAUAUCCCAGAAAGGUAGAAUUUAUUGAAGCGCUACCAAAGACUAUCAGUGGGAAGAUAAAAAGAAAUGAACUCAGGAAAAAAGAAUGGAAAAGAGUUUAAAUUCAUUCCAUUAAUCAUUAUAGUACCUACAAAACAAACAUGGCAUCUAUAAAUCUGUAGAAACCAUAGGUUAUGA